AUGACUAUUUCCAUCAAAUCCUAUUCGUCAGUCGUCACAAUGGUCGCGAUCGAUAUCCCCGCAAACUACGGAUAUUCCAUCGCCAUUUCUCUCGGUGUUAUUCCGAUCCUCAGUUUCCUACACGGUACGGUUGUCGGUAGUUUCCGCAAGGCCGCUGGAGUCCCGUAUCCUCACACCUACGCUACCGUUGAGCAAUGUAAAUCCAACCCCAAGGCCUACAAAUUCAACUGCGCCCAGCGCGCCCACGCCAACUUCCUCGAGAACGCGCCGCAAACCAUGCUCUCGAUCCUGGUCGCGGGUGUGAAAUACCCUGAGUUGGCUGCUGGGUUGGGUGCCGCCUGGGCGGUUUUCCGUAUUCUGUUCCUGCACGGAUACGUUUUCACAGAUAAGCCGGCAGGAGGUGGAAGAUACAAUGGCGGCUUGUUCUGGUUUAUGCAGGCGGGUCUCUGGGGACUGAGCGUUUUCGGCGUUGCGAGGGAUUUGAUGUAA